GUGACAAACCAUGGACAAUCAUCGUGAAUCUUGAAUUAAGCUUAUAACAAAGGCAAACAAAUGUUCCCUAUAUAAAUAAAUUUUUUCUUUUCAGUCUUGAACAAACUAUUCUUAGUUUAAUUUAAUAAAUUUGCUCGUUGAAUUAUUUUAAUAAGUUUAAUCUCAAAUAUUUUCCAAAAUGCCCAUGCUAUUUUCGGUGGUCUCCCGAGGAACAACGAUCUUGGCCGAGCACGCAAUGGCUGCCGGAAACUUCUACGAAAUCCUUCAGCACAUCUUGCCGCAAAUUGCCGACUCGACGGAGGACCGUCAAACAUUCUCGCAUUCCAGUUACAUGUUUCACUCAUUGAGAGAUAAUAAAAUAAUAUACCUGGUGAUCGCUGAUAAGGAAUUUGAUCAAGUCAUAGCAUUCAAAUAUCUAUCUGAAAUUCAAAAAAAGUUCCUUCAGAGAUAUGCUGCUUUUGCCAAUGUGGCACUACCAUAUGCAAUGAAUAGUGAAUUUUCUCGAGUCAUUAAUGCUGAAAUGAAGCGCUACAAUGUGGCAGAGCCUUCCAAGAUAACAGCUCUUCAAGACCAGGUAGAAGACGUCAAAAAAAUUUUGGUCCGCAAUAUAGAGGAGGUUGCCAACAGAGGAGAGAAAUUGGAACUGCUGAUUGAUAAAACUGAAAUGCUAUCGAAUAAUGCAGUGGCGUUCCAUAGGUCGAGCAGAUCAGUUAGGCGAAACAUGUGCAUAAAGAAUAUAAAAUGGAUCAUCAUCGUUAUUCUGGCUCUCGUGCUGGUGAUGUACAUAAUCGUAUCUGCAGCCUGUGGUGGACCAGCCUGGGCAAGCUGUGUUGGUUCCAAAUCAUCCAAUCACAAUUUGACAGGGCCACAUUAAAAUGUGUAUGUGUGUGUCUGCCUACAAGAGUGUGUGUGUGUGGCGUGAUGUGUGCAUGUUCUGCUGUAUAUGUGUUACCUCUACUUGAUGUUUUUUAUGUGUAAUUGGUUCUGUAUGUCCUCAUGUUUUUUUUAACAUUUUCAAAUGCGUGCAUGCAUGUACGCAUGAAAGCUUGCGUGGUUCAAAUCUCUGGUUUUAUACAUUACAAUAAACUGUUUAAGUCAUUGUCAUUAUCUGACCAUGCAUUUAAUUUUUUGUAUUUUAUUUAUUUAUGUGAUCAUUUCACAUUUAAUAUUUUCACGAUUUUUUCAAUAACUGAAAAACAACUUUUACAUUGUGUAGUAUAACGAGGAAAACGCGAUAAUCAAACAUUUCAAUGUAAAAUAAACUGCUAUUACUAUCAUCAUAUUAA